CCAGGAGACACCUAUCCGUUGGGCAGAAGCAAGUAUCAUGGUUGUACCUAUGAUGGAGCUGUACAACGCUGAGGAAGUAGUCACAGUAUUGAGUAGUAUGAUUGCUGAGUCUUUGUAUGACUUUUUCUUUUUCUUUUCUUUUUUUUUUUCUCCCUGUCUUUUAUUAUUUGGUCUCUCCUGCGUGAGGAACUCCUACAUACGUACAUCGACCUAUUUUGUUUAUUUCGUACUUAUUAAUUAUCCCAUAGGGCAUGUCCUUUUUCCAUCAAAUUUUCUGAAAUUAUUAUAUAUAUAUAUAUAUAUGCUUAUAUUUUACCUCUAUAAUACGACGCUGAUAUUCAUACGAUCCCUUUCUCCUGAUACAUGGGUUUCGAAACAAAGUUGGGUGGCUCAAAAGACUCGUGGCCGCCACUGGGAACGAUCAUAAACGCAGUUUUUGUGACCUUGGGGGUAUGGUAUGUAAUGGACACGGAACUAUACUAAAAUGCCUUAGUAUGGUCCAUAGUACGUACGUACCUGGGAGGAAGCACAGAGGGUCAGCUAGUCGUGGUAGUAUCAAGUAUUGAUGUUUCGGUGAGGAGCACCUGAUUGGGAUGGCGUGGUUGGGUGGAGGAGGAUUUGACUUGAACCUUUUAGGGGUUCGGUCCCCCUUUAGUUCGUUUUCUUAGUUGGAAUUUUUAGUUUCCUUUAGUCCACGUUAGUCU